UUUAGAAAUCUGCUUUUGCUUUUUCUUUCUUUUUUCCAGCAUCAUCUGGCUGUCUGGCACCACCAGAGAACUGCAUUUUUGACCCAACAAGAGCUCGUGGGUGGAUGGGGGCAGGAAGGAGGUUGGGGAAAGGACUGAUGCCAGCCUGGCUGCCUCAUGGGGAGCUAGACACACAUGACCAUGCCAUUAGCCUCCUGUUCGGCUUCUAGACGGGUUUCAUCUGGGAGGCCUACAUAGUCCUUGCUUGGAACAACACAGUAUAAAGCUGCCCUGGUGCUAACUCGUCUUCUGAAUAACCACACACUAAAAUACAGCAGAACAGAAGACAGGGCCACAAAGAAGAGGACCACAGUCAGGUGCCAGAAGCAGGUGACAUCUAGAUUUUCAGUCCUUUGGAUGCAGCUUUUUUUUUUUUUUUAAUUUUUAAGUUUAUUUAUUUUGAGAGAGAGAGAGACAGAGAGAGAGAGCAAGUGGGGGAGGGGCAGAGAAAGAGGGGGAGAGAGAGAAUCCCAAGCAGGCUCCACACCGACAGUGCACAGCCCGACGCGGGGCUCAAACUCACAAACUGUGAGAUCAUGACCUGAGCUGAAAC